CUUUGGGUGGCCCAAAAUCAAAGGAUGUCGCUGGCACAUUAGAGCACGAGAGUGUCACGCCUCGAGCAAAUAAAUUCCUGCACAGUUUCGAGAAACAGUGAACUUGACAGCUCUGCUCUCCUCUGAUGUGCCUCAUGGAUCAGAGGGAUUCCGCGGAGACUACAGGAUGACAGGGGUCAUCAGGGGCCAGCUGCACACUUUAAAAGCGCUGUCCACAGCUCGGCCACCCCGAUCACUCGAACCUCAGACGAGCCAGGAGGAGGAAUCGGACGCGAUCGAUCGGUUCACAAUUGAAAACUGUAUUGAUUCGCAAUGGAAACCCAGCCAAUCAUAUUGCUCGCUGUCUUGGUGGUUUCCUUGAUGCACGCUGGCUGCGUGAAGGUCGAUAAUCGCGGCGCACUCAUGGGAGAACAUCUUAAAGUCUUCGCAGGUUCAUAUUCCGACUUCAGUCUCCAGUCGUAUCCGAGGUACCCGCUGUACAUGAUGCAGUUAUACAGAGACUUCAGCGGGAAGAUGGCAACUACUCCAGCCAGUGUCGAGAACCCAACUCUUCAUCAGUCUGACUUCGUCCUAAGCCUGAUUGCACAAGACUGUCAUCAAAUUGGUGAGAGAUGGUCCAUCACUUUCGACAUGUCUUCCCUCUCAGCGAGUGACAGCAUUCAACUUUCAGAGCUCCGCAUCCGUCUGCCAGAGUUUUCUGCAUCAAGACGCGUUAUUGUGGACAUUUUCCACUUACGUAAACAGGAUUGUGAGUCUGAUGUGUUUUGUCACCAUAAGCGACUUUUUAUAGGCAGCAUCAAGUCUGUGCCUGGCACUUCAACAUCGUCCUGGAGAGUUUUCAAUGUCACGGAGCUGCUCGAGCACUGGUUGAAUCAGAGAACAGAGGCACCUGAACAGAUCCCGACACCUGAUGCCGGAGAGGACACCGGAAGCGGGGAAGACUUACCUGAACCUGUUACAAAUACCUGGCAAAGAAAAAUCCAGCAUCCCACAGCAGAACGAGUUAUGAUUGUGGUUUUCUACAAAAACAAACUUUCCCACAGUGGCCAGCAGCGUGCCUCCAGCUUGAUCAAUACAGUGGAGCACUCCAAAUAUGUCGUCCUGAACCGGGCACCAGACGCAGCUCAAGCUCGUCGCCACAAAAGGAACCGGGUCGAAAGGAUGCGCGCUACGGAUGAUAGAAACGCGACGCGAAUAGUAUCACCUCUAGAGCAACAACAAGGUUCACUUUGUCGUCGAGUUGAUAUGUGGGUGGAUUUUGAUCAGAUUGGAUGGGAUGAAUGGAUCGUGCACCCUAAGCGUUAUAAUGCUUACCGCUGCGAAGGAGAAUGUCCAAGUCCGUUGGAUGAGUCUUUCAACCCAACAAACCACGCUUAUAUGCAGAGUUUGUUGAAGCUUUACCAUCCGGAGCGCGUUACCUGUCCGUCAUGUGUUCCGACGCGCCUCAGCUCACUCUCCAUGCUGUACUAUGAAGGCGACGGUGUGGUCAUGCGCCACCACGAGGACAUGAUCGUGGAGGAGUGUGGUUGUCAAUGAAGUGUGUUGCUGUGUUGUCAUAGAAGUCUGAUGAUGCACUUUCAGUGGGCUACUCUGAUAACACUUUGUUUUUGGAGAAUUUCAAAUG